UAAGCCUAACUAAACUAACUCGGAGACAUCCUCAACCAAGCUUAAAACAAAUUGCUUCCUCCGUAUCAACUGCUACUGUUGCUACCCAAAAGAUGGCUAGUUCAUAUUUUAGCACAUACUAUUCAUUAACUCUUUUACUGCUCUUAGUUGUCACACUGACAUCAAUGUGUAGCACAGAAGUGGAGGCUCGCCGCCUCUCUGAGACAACCUUGCCUGAGCUUCCGAAACCUGAAUUACCAUCACUGCCAAAGGUUGAACUUCCGAAACCUGAAUUACCAUCACUGCCAAAGGUUGAACUUCCAAAACCUGAACUCCCACAAUUGCCUAAGAUGGAACUUCCGCCGUUGCCUCAUGUCCCAACUCUGCCAAAACCCGAGUUACCAACUUUUACAAAACCUGAACUACCACAAGUCCCUGAGCUGCCUCAUCUGCCUGUAGUUCCUGAGCUUCCCAAGCCAAUGCUUCCAACUCUGCCAAAGGACAUGCACAUCCCAACUAUCCCUUUCCCUCACUCAAACACUCCUUGAACAUUCCUUUGGGUGGUCUAUACUUUACACUUUCUUUUAAAUUUGUUGUGCAAGUUGUUCAGAGUCUGAGAGACUGUUUUGUGUUGCAUUCUUCUAUAUCAUUUUAAUGGGUAUAUUUCCCUAUGUAAUUUUUAUGUAUCGUUUGUAUCAUUUGUAUCAGUUCUUGUCAGCCUGAGGUGCAAAAUAUAUGAUGUUUUCUUUUGUGAUUAUAUGAUAAA